AUGUCGAGUAGAGCAGGCGGGCUCUACGGAGGAAUCCAAUUCUCCUCUACUAAAGCUUUCUCCUCUUCUACCCCUCAAAAUGCCGUUCAAACGCCUGUGACUGCGCCUGUCGAGAAAACAGAAGUAACUGCAACACCCUCUACUGAUCAGCCCUCGACAGUCCCGCCAGUAGAGAACGCGAGCGCAACGGCGAGCAUAAGCACUACGUUUGAUGCAGGCGCAUCAGCGAAGGCUACAGCCGGAUGGUCUGCCAGCCUCGCAUUCGCGCCCAUCCGCCGCAACCAAGCGCAGAAGGCGAAGCCUGCCGCGCCGCGUCUGCCUGUGGGGGCGGCAAUGACCACAGCGAUGGGCGCGGGCGCUCCUGCGGCGAUCUCGAGCACGGCGAUCGUGUUUGCGCCCCCUGCUCUUGUGGAGCCGGCCAAACCCGCCGAGACUCAGAAUCAGCCGCAAGGGCAGGGAUGGGGCAGGAAGGUCAAACCGCCGUCUAUGGUUCUUGACGAAGAUGUGAAUGGGUUCAAGACUCAAAAAGGCGGAAAGAAAAAGGGAAAAGGCAAAAAGCACAAAAAUGCACCUAUUGUCGCAGUAUGGGAUCCCACGGAGCAAUACAACCCCAUGCGUCCAAAUGAUUAUAAUGAGUACAAGAACCACAAGCGUCACGAACACGAGGAGCGACGGGAGCAAUUGGCCGAGAAGCGCCGCGCAGAAGAACGGAAGAGGAACCGACGGAGUAAUAGCUACUCGGACAGCUAUGGAAGUGGUUCCGACGACGAGCGACCGCGGAAAGCAGGUCGUUUCGACGAUCGUGAUGAUUACCGCAAUGAGGAGGAUUAUGACAAACCCCGUGGACCUGGCAGUGGUCCUCCUGGGCAGCCCCCGCCGGCAGCCAUGCCGAUGAACCUGACCGGCGACGAGGCCUAUCAGCGCCGACUUGCAAUGUCUGCUGCCUUUCGCCGUGCAGCAUCCCCGGGUCCCCCUACCUCCUCCACAACGCCUGUCACUUCGACAGAGUUCGUUAUACCUUCAUCUUCGUCUGCCCGCUCUUCGGUAUCCUCCACAGUUCCUCAGGCUCCUGUCUCAGGUCUCCCACCUAGUUUCUCCCCCGCGGCUGCCGAUGAUGAGGACGAAGAUGUCAUACCAGGGCUUAACGUUCCUUCGGCUCCACGUAUUCUGCAAGGAGAGACAGGUGAAGACGCUUACUUGCGCCGCCUGGCAUUGUCACAGGCAUCUCCACCUUCUGCGCCCGCCCGCGAAGAGCGUGAUGGUUCACCGCUGGCAUACAAUCCCUUUGCCCCGCCAUCCUCGGUGCCUCCUCCGCCUACCCUUGCACCCCCGAUGGGCACAACGUUAUCAGAAGAAAAGGUACGCAGCAGCCAGCAAGUAGCGGCUGCUAUUGCUGCGAAAUUAAGAGCUCUCGCUCCCCCUGCUGGAUCUGAUUCUCCUGAGCUAUCUGCGGCGUCAAGCAGCCAGUCACCGGUUCCAGAGGCUGCUCCGAAAAGGCCUGACCCGCGCGGUUUCGCUGAACGCCUCAUGGCUAAGUGGGGACAUAAGGAAGGCCAGGGUCUCGGCGCUGAUGGAAGCGGGAUUGUGCACGCGCUCACGGUAGAGCAAGUCGCGGGUGGGAAGGGGAAGGGGAGGGGCGGUAAAGCCAAAGAGCAGGGAAACAAGUCUAUUGGUGUGGGCUCCAAGAUGGGCAAGAUCGUGAACUUGAAUGAGGACGCAAAGACGCGGGAAGACCGGGAGCGGUUCGGCGAACCGAGCCGCGUCGUGGUACUCACGAAUAUGGUGGGGCCGGAGGAUGUUGGGGACGAGGAUCUCAGAGAGGAAAUUGGUGACGAAUGCUCGAAGAACGGUACUGUUGAGCGUGUCAUCGUACACCUCGUACAACCGCCGCCCGAGGAACCAGAGGAUGCUGUUAGAAUCUUCGUGCUAUUCGCAGGGCCCGUGGGCGCUUGGAAGACGGUUAGGGAACUGGAUGGGCGGUACUUUGGCGGCCGCAGCGUGAGGGCGCGCUAUUUCCCGGAGGCGCGGUUCAACCAGUUCGCGUUUGACGCGCCAUUGUGA